CUGCCCUGCCGCCGCCUCCUUGCUCCCUCCUGCGGAUCUCGAAAACUUCCAGCGCACUCCGGGAAAAGGAGCAUGCACGGCGGGAGGAGGCGCAGCGCGAAAGCCCAGGCCCCUGGUCCCACGCCGGAUCUCCGCAGCUCUUUGCCAUGAAGCACUGGCUCCCGCACCUUCAGGAUCAGAGCGACUGGCGCAAAGCUAACUACAUGUAUAAAGUGUGGCAAGGAGCACUGGGAGACGGCUAAAACACAGUCAUGUCUUUGGUUUGGCACACCAUUUCAGCUCUUCACGUGAACUACAAGAAACUGAUAUGCCUCUUGGUCGUUGCCAUAAGUUUGUGCCGCAGUGCCUCUGCGAUGUGUCCUGCCGCUUGCAUUUGUGCCAGCGACAUUGUGAGCUGCACCAGCAAGAACCUCUCGAGAGUGCCCACAACCCUCUUCAAGCACACGAAAAGAUUGGACCUCAGUCACAACCGAAUUGGGAUUUUGGAUCACGACUGGAUGCCAGUGUUGCUUGAUAAACUGGCCACCCUCAUUGUCAGCCAUAACGGCAUCACGAGUAUCUCCCCAGGAAGCUUUUCCGCGACUCCCAAUAUCAAGUACCUCGACUUGUCGUCCAACAGCUUGAGGUCCCUUGGCAGUCCUGUCUUCCAGGAACUGAGAGCUCUGGAGAUUUUGUUGCUGUAUAACAAUCACAUUGCCCAUAUUGAUUCUGCUGCUUUUGGGGGAAUACCCAAAUUGCAGAAGCUCUAUUUGAGUUACAAUUCUCUCUCCCAGUUCCCAAUCGACUUGUACAUUGGGAAACGUAAACUCUCCGAACUUGUGCUAUUAGACAUUUCUUACAACCAAAUCCAGUCGAUACCCAUUCACUACAUGAGCUUAGUACCAGCCAGACAUCUUAGUGGGAUUUAUCUUCACGGGAACCCCUUUUACUGUGACUGCACACUUUACUCCAUGCUAAGCUUCUGGUAUCUUAGACACUUCAGCUCGGUGGAGGAUUUCAAGGCUGAGUAUACAUGUGUGUUGCGGUCAGGCUCCAAAACGAAUAAACUGCCCUUAUUGCACGACAACUACUUGAAUUGCUCGGAAAGCACCAUCAAUGGCUCUUUCCAUGCGUUUGGCUUUAUUCAGGAAGCCCAACUUGGGGAGAGGCUGAUCAUACCUUGCGACACUAAAAUCAGCGACGCAGGCACCCACUUCGUUUGGAUCAGCCCAGACAAUCAGUUUUUGGAGCCCAGCAAAGAUAUUGAACACUUCAGAGUAUUUCUCAAUGGGAGUCUGGAAAUCGACGAGGUCCAGUAUGAGGAUGCUGGACUUUAUUCCUGCAUUGCAAUAAACAGGAAAAGACUGUUGAAUGAGACAAUCGAGGUGAAGAUCAACGUGAGCAAUGUCACCGUGGACCGGUCUCACUCUCACGAAACCUUCAACACGGCUUUCACCACCCUUGCCGCUUGUGUAGCCAGCAUUAUCUUGGUCCUCCUUUACCUCUACCUGACGCCGUGCCCUUGUCGGUGCAGGUCCAAGAGAAGGAAAAGGCAGCCGAGCCAAAGUAACCCUCAUGCCUCCAUAUUGACCUCGAAUCCUCCCCUGGACCUUCCAGCUGAUGAGAAAAAAGCCAGCAGUGGCAAGAGGGUGGUGUUCCUUGAGCCCGUGAAGGAGCCAAAGCUGGGACAGAAUGGGAAAGUAAGGAUGUUUCCUGGUGAGAACAUCAUUGCAGAAAGUAUCCUAAAAACUCCCCGAACGAAAUCGGACUCCGAUUCCAUGAACUCGGUGUUUUCGGACACGCCUUUCAUGCCGUCCUCUUAGCUUCCUGCCUGCAUUCGCAUUGUAUGGCUAACUCUUUCAACAGCUAGCUGUCCUGCCUCUAGCCAAUCUUAAAAGAAUAGGGGAAACUCUUUCAAAGCAAAAGAAAUUAUGAGGUCGUUCUGAUAGGUGGUGGUUACAUGCCCUUCAUUCUGUAAACCUGGACCAGUGCUGGGGAGGAACACUUUGCUAGAUGGCUUUUGCAGCUCCCUGCUUUGAAGUGGCCACAUCAUGACAGAUGCCACUGCUGUUUCAAUUUCUGUGCUUAUGGGCAUGUGAGUGCCGUUCAAUGAGUGGCAUUUGUGCACUGCUCCCAUUCACUUCAGUGAAGCUUGUAUUGGAGAGCUUCCCAGCAGAUUAGAUCCUUGGCUGUGUACCUGUAUAGAAUUUGUGUAAUUGUAAUUGUCAGGGAUCAGAACCACAAUCAAUAUGGCUCCUAGAGCUGAGCUUAGAUAGGGAAAGAGAGAAAUAGCCAUUUACUAAACUUCUGGUUUCUGCCUUUAGGCACUGAGCACAUAACAGAAACAAAGGAAGUGAUACAACAGAAAUAUUUCAAAAUGGGCUUUUGCAUAAAUUAUGACCUAAGCUUUGUGAUUUUGGGGGGAGGAGUGGUGUCAUCUCCUUCUGAAUACUAGAGAUUCAAUAGCCAGUAACCGAAUGUAUGAUUACGUGGUAUAAAUAAACUUUCACUAUAUGAAAACUUUGACAGAAAACACUUGUUCAAAGUUACGAUCUAGAAACCACUUGAGCCUUUAAUGCUUUUUUUCUGAAAAGGUACAGCACUUUGCUCCUGUUAAGAAAUCGGAGCCAUAGCGAUAUUCAACAGGUAAAGUUUCCCCACCAGUGCACAGAGACGGGAGAAGCUGCACCUUUGGAAUAUCUGGGUUCCUCACCAUUCUUAAAGAGACAGGAGCUAUGUUGCUUCUGGAAUGUGGCCACUUCAGUCUACCUACUUAUUCUUGCGUAUGUGGUGUGUGGCUUGAGGACAGAAUAUCUUAGGAGAGGAAAGCAGAGGAUUAGUUUGGAAGUAAAGGAACCAGGGUUUGUGCAAUUUCAUGUUUUGUAUAUGAGCUACUGCACUUUGAACACUUUUGCUGACUUAAUGAGAGCCAUAAUGGAAACCACCAAUCCCAAAUUGAAUCCUGGAGCAGCCAGGCCUUCUCAUUAUCAGCGAUGAAAUGGCUGGCAUGUCCGGACAUUGCCUUCUACAGCUGACGGGGGAACCUGGUUGCAUCCAGCUUCCCGGAUUGCAGCCUUACUUGGAAGAAUCGGAGUAAUUCGGCAGGUUUUUCGGAACAUAUUAAUGUACCAAUUUACAGGCAUAUAAAUGACGAUGUAUCAAUUUACAGGCAUAUAAAUGACGAUGUAAUGAAAUUUGCAUUUCGUGGUUUGAUAUAGAAAGCGUCAAUUAAGUACUUAUUUCUAGGCUUAUCAGUUUUGAGAAUUUUCCAUUCCUAGCAGAAGAACUAGAAUUUUGUAGGAUUAGGCCUUUAUAGUGAUUUCCAUCUGCUUUAGUAUGGGGUUUUUUUGUUAUAAAAUAGACUACCAAAAAAAAAAAAACCUGUGUUGUUUCUAGAAAACAAAAGACUCCAGUAUUCUUAGUGUUG